AUGUCUAAAGAUAAAAAUCACAAUAAUACAUAUUAUUGGCGUUGUGAAAAACAUGAUACACUACAUGUUUCUGAUCAUAAUCAUGUUGCAGAGGUGAGCAGAUCCAAUGUUAUAAGGACUAUUAAUGCCUUAAAAGAGAGAGGAAGAGAGACUAGCGAACCACCUGCACAAAUUAUUCAAACUGUAACUACUAGUAGCUCUCACACUCACCCAUAUCUUCCAUCUCGUGAUGUACUUCAGCAAUCAAUUAAUCGAACUAGGAGUUUUAGUCUUCCUAUAGAACCAGAAACUUUAGAUGAUCUUGUUAUUUUUGAUGACUUGACAAAAACUCCAAAUGGAUCAGUUUUUUGGUUAGAAAUUUUGUUAUGGACCGAAAUAGGAUACUGCUCUUUAUAA